AUGACCAUGUCGGUGCACGUGGUUGUCAAGAACAUGGCCGGGGAGGAUGUUGUGGGCCAGCUGCAGUUUGCAGAUCCUCCGUCGGUGGACGAGCUGCGCAAGCGAGCUGCAGCCAGAGUUCCGGGCUCUCGCUUUCAGCUGCUUCGGGGUUCCUCUGUCUUGAAAGAGGAUGAGACGGUCUCUGGUGGCACCGUGGAGCACCCGGUCCUUCUGACUCUGAUUAUCUUGCCUGCCGCUGGUGCAGAUGGGGGAGCGGAGGUCCGUCCACUUGUCCUGGAGGAGGCCAUUGACGAGCAAAUGGAUAUCUUGGUGCAUGACAUGCGAACUGGCGAGAACUCGUUCCUGCCUGUUCGUUAUUUUCUGGCUGCAGACGGAAAGGCACAUUUGGGGGUCCUUGCACCAGAGGCUGCUCAGAUGGUGGGUGCCGAUCCACUAGCUUUUGCUUCCCUCGCCACAGUUUCUGCCGUCUUCCCCGGUGAAGAACAAACGCAGGCGGCGCUGCACGAUUCGGUGGAUCUGUGGGAGGUCACUGGUGGAGCUGCGGGCGAUGGCAUCCUGGUCAGAACUGGCUGGUCUUUGAGCUCCCCGGAGCUUUCACAAAGACUGGCCACAGGAGCCAUUAUUCAACAGAAAGACAUCCGAGGGGAGCGCCUCCUCUAUGCCAAGGUCUCCGGCUCCGGGCCCCAGGAGGGAUGGGUCUCCCUGCGCUCGCGCGGGCGCGCGCUGCUGGCGAAGAGGGCGGCCAAAAAGGAGCCACACCGAGCGGUGGUGAAACUCCUGCACCUCCACACGGCCUUAGCGACGGCCUCGGCCGACUGGAAGAGGAGGCACCCGGUGGUGGAUCUCAUCCAGGAGGUCUGCAGCCGCUUGGAGUAUCUGGCCUUGACUGCCUUGCCCACCGAUCCCAGAGCACAGGAGGCUUUCACCGAAGCCGUGAAGGCAGGAAGCCACGACGACCCGCGUCAGCUGCCAGGACUAGCCCACUUUUGCGAGCACAUGCUGUUCCUGGGCACGGAGAAGUAUCCCGAGAACAGUGGCUUCGAUCAGUUCCUCAUGAAGUACGGAGGCUCCUCGAAUGCCUUCACAGCAUCAGAGGUCACCGUGUACUUCGCGGCCGCCUCCUCCGAUGCCGCCAGCGAGGGGCUGGAUCGGUUCGCCGACUUCUUUCGGGCCCCACUCUUCAAACAGGACGCAUCCAGUGAUGUGCAGCUUUCGAUUCAUCUCGGCGCUCGAAGCCUCGCGGUAAAGAAGUGCCUCUCCGACAUCGAGGUCGCAGACUUCGUUGCGCUGGACUUGGAAUUCUCGGGACUCUUUGUCGAUCACCAGCGGGGCCCGCAGGUGCUGGAGGCCUACUUUGCCCGAUGCGUGGAAAGUGUGCCCAAGUUUCUGGCCUUGCAGCUCGGGUUGUGCUGCGUCCAGUUUCAGAAAGAGAAACAGGUAUGGGAGCUCCGAACUCAUGAGUUUGACCUCUGGCCCCAAGAUCGGCGGCUUUUUAUGGUGGACUUGCAGUCGCUACAGUUUCUGCGCACCCAUGGUUUUGACUUCAAUGCCUUUCUGGAGCGUGCACACCCUUAUUCCAGGCUUCCACCACCGGGCCACAAGCUGGCCGGUAAUGCGCACGUGAAGGCUACGCCGGUUCUCCAGGCCUUGAGGGACGCCAAGGUGCCCGUGGUAUUGCACAAUGGCCUCCUGGACAUGCUGCACCUCUAUGACAAGUUCCUUGGCGACCUGCCUGGGGAUCCCGGGUCCUUCGGCAAGGCCUGGGUGGAGCACUUCCCUCUGCUCUUCGACACCCGCGUGCUGGCACAGGAUGGGCGGCUGGACGUGCUGCAGCAUGCAGGGGGCUUGAGCCUCGAGACCUUGCAGAAGCACCUACAAAGCGAGCUGCACGGCCUGAACAUAGAGCGGUGCACCACCAUUGCCAAAGCGGCCCAUUCCGCAGGCUACGAUGCGACUGUCACGGCCGAGGUUUUCUUGAUGGAAAUGGACCGCUGGAUACGGCAUGCCAAUCAGAAGGCGGCGCCGGAGGAGGAUGCCAAGGAGCAGCACCCCAAUGGGCGCAAGCGCAAGCGCUCGUCCGACGGUGUUGAAGGCCUUUCUUGCCCAAGCCUGCUCGAAAGCCACGAGGUCUGCCGACGGUUCCACAACCGCGUGGCGCUGGUGAGCACCUCGCCAGGCUGCAUGGAGCUAGUGCCCAAAGAGGCCGAGCCGGGUGAGCCUGAGCCGACCUCAGGAUAG